AAGUCAAAGGAUUUGGUGAAGGAUUAAUGGACUAAAACUGGAAAUUCCAGAAAUUCAGUACAUUUUAAAGUUUGAAGGCUUCCUAAGGGAAGACAGGAUUGCUUCUCCUAAAUCAGUGGAGACCAAACCCUUCAGUCAGAAGAGGAGAAACUGGAACCCAUUAUGCAAAUGGACAACCAGAUCACUCCCAAGAAAGUUCGAAGUUUUUGUUCCUUCCGCUAUGGAUUAUCUCUCCUCUUGCAUCUCUGUAACGUUGCAUUAAUGGCACAGAACAUGUGUCUGAACCUCACAAUGGUAAUCAUGGUGAACAGCACAGGUCCACACAGUUUGCCUAAUACCUCCACAGAGGAGCACCUGGAUAACAUAAAGAACCCUGUGUAUAACUGGAGUCCUAAAAUCCAAGGCAUCAUCUUCAGUUCCAUCUUCUAUGGUGUACUCAUCACCCAAAUUCCUGUUGGAUACUUGUCUGAAAAAUACUCCAUCAAGAAAAUGAUUGGCUUUUCAUUAUUCCUCAGCUCUCUACUUAGUCUGUUAAUGCCAAUGGCAGCUGAAGGUGGUGCAGCUUUCCUCCUGGCAUGCCGAGUAGCCCAGGGAGUAGCCCAGGGGUCGGCAUUAAUAUCUCAGCACAUGAUAUGGGUCAAGUGGGCUCCUCCCUUGGAACGAGGCCGACUUACUACCUUGAGUCUAUCAGGAAAUCUGCUGGGGUCCUUCAUUGUUCUGCUUGUGACUGGAUUCAUCUGCCAGUCCCUGGGCUGGCCCAUGGUCUUCUAUAUUUUUGGUGCUUGUGGCUGUGCCCUAAGUCUUCUCUGGUUCAUUCUCUUUUAUGAUGACCCAAAGGACCACCCAUGUAUAAGCAUCAGUGAGAAGGAAUACAUCUUGUCCUGCCUCAACCAGCAGGUCAGCUCAAGCACACAGUCUCUGCCAAUCAAAGCUAUGAUUAAGUCUCUUCCAUUCUGGGCCAUUGCUUUCGGUUCUUUUGCUUUUCACUGGACAAAUACCAUUAUGGUUUUGUACACUCCAACGUUUAUCAAGGCCAAGCUUCACGUGAACAUAAAAGAGAAUGGGCUGCUGUCAGCUCUCCCCUAUUUGUUUGCCUGGAGCUUUGGCAUCCUAGUAGGUCACCUGACAGACUUCUUCCUGUCCAGGAAUAUUCUCCGCUUAAUUACCAUCCGGAAACUCUUCAACACUCUAGGACUUCUCCUGCCUGCCUUCUUCAGUUUGUGUCUGCUCUACCUGAGUUCCAGCAUUUAUAGCAUGACCAUUUUUCUGAUACUUGCCAGUUCAACAGGAAGCUUUUGUAUGGGUGGAGUACUUAUAAAUGGCUUGGAUAUCGCUCCCAGUUUUUACGGAUUCCUUAAAGGAGUUACAGCUGUAAUUGGGAUGAUAGGAAGACUAAUUUCUUCUACUCUGUGUGGAGUGAUCCUUAAUCAGGAUCCGGAAUCUGCCUGGUUUAAAAUUUUCAUCCUGAUGGCAGUCAUUGACGUGUUAUGCCUACUUUUCUGUCUCAUAUUUGGAAAAGCAGAUAUUCAGGACUGGGCUAAAGGCAAUCAAGAGCACACACGCCUCUGAAGUGUAAAACAGAACACUAAGAGAGCCUGGGACUGACCUCCUUAUUGAAGGGAAGAGGGGCCAGCCUGGUACCUGAGACUGAGAGGCAGUCAGCGUCCCAAGGAAGAAGAUGGUAUGUGCCUUCCUCAGAGGCUCAUCCUGUCGCGCACCCUGGGCACAUUUCCUUUGUACCAUGUAUUGUUCAUACCAUGUAGCAGUUCUGAAUUUUAAAUGUGGGUUUAUUCCUCUUGCACUCUGCAUCAGUUGCUUUAUAAAUGGUUGCAAAGUUAACCAAUAAACAAGCAUAAGAGGGAUCCCUGGGUAGUGCAGCGGUUUGGCGCCUGCCUUUGGCCCAGGGCACGAUCCUGGAGACCCGGGAUCGAAUCCCACGUCGGGCUCCCUGCAUGGAGCCUGCUUCUCCCUCUGCCUGUGUCUCUGCCUCCCUCUCUCUCUCUCUCUCUCUCUGUGACUAUCAUAAAUAAAUAAAAUUUAAAAAAAAAUUUUUAAAAAACAAGCAUAAGAAAGUAAAUCUUAUUCUAAGAUUUCACAAAAGACCUGUCCCACAACUUGCAGCCUUCACUCUUCUGUGUUAUAGAUGUGUGGCUUCAAUGGAAAAUCUGAGAUUUCUGUACUUUAAGGAAGCCCAUUCUGGGGAAAACUGUACUAGUCAGUCCCAGGGAGAAAUUAGACUUAUUUUCAGAAGCAAUUAGAAGUAACAGAUGAGGAAAAAACAGAAGAGUCCACAGAAGGAAAGGAGAGGAGGAGAGGAAUACACAUCCACACGGGUGGCUCAGAAACAAAUCAGAGACUUUGUGCCCUGAUGUGAUCUUCACUGCUGAGAGCCUGGAGUUAGCGGUGUGAUUGCUGGAGAAGUGGAAAGAACAGACUCGGUCUCUGGAUCUCAAUACUGGAUGGGAUGAGGAAGGGAAUUCAUAGGUUUAGAUAAUUCUGUGUCCUGGAAAACAAAGGAAAUGAAAGAAAAAUUGGAUCCCUUACCUUCGCACCCAUUUCUUCCCCACACCACCACAGACUGUUCUAUUUGUUGAGCCACACAGUGAUUGAACGAACACACACACACACACACACACACACACACACACACACACACAAAUAUCUUGACACUGUGGCCAAGAUGAGGUCCUUGUGUGUUAAAGAUCUUACAAAGUAAUGUGUGUCAUGGUUCCUGCACUUCAGGAGCCUACAGUCAGAGGGGGUGGAGGGGAGUGUCAUGAAUGAAUUGGGAUGGGGGGGAAGAACCAGGGGAGGUGUUGGAGGUGCCCCGAGGGCAGGACACAGUCUUCAGCCAGCUGCAAAAGGACAGGAGUGGCCCUCACACAUCUCUCACCAUCUACCCAACUGUGCUUCAGGUCCAAGUCCCUCCCUUACCCUCAGCCUUCUCAGGAACCUGCAUUUGGGUGUGUUCUUUAGCAGAGUCCUUUUUUUUUUCCAACUAGAUUCUUCCCCCAGGUUUGAAACACACUUGCCUUGAGAUCCUUUCUUGAUGCCAUGUCCUCCUGCGGCUGCCCCCUGGUCUCUCCCUUCCCCUUGGCAGCCAGACAUAGCAGCAGCUGGCUCCUUGCCACCACCUGCCCCCUCCUCUUGCCUGAUCCCUGCAGAGGGCACGGGUAACUCCACUCCUUUAUGAAACACAUGCUCUUUUCUUCCCUCUGUUAGCAACAUAUUCUCUUGGUUUUCCUUCUCUCCUUCUAAUUUUUUCUUUUUAAAUUUUUCUUAAAACGACAAUUAUCCGCCAGUCUGGCCAUUCAGUGUUGGAGUUCUGUGAGGCUCAUUCACAGGCCUCCUUAUGCCCUCCUGUCACUCAGGGCAGCAUCCACCAUGGUAAGCAUUUCAAUCACCAGGUGUAUCUAGACGCUUCCUAGAUUUAUAUGUGAAGCCAGGAUUUCCCGUGCAUCUACUUUCCUUCUUGUCAUCUUCACUGGGGUGUGAUCUCUGCCUCAGUGGCAUCUCCACCCAUCUAGUAGCAAACCGAAACCUAGGAGUCCCGCGGGACACCUGCUCCCCAUUCAGUAUGCCAGUUUUGUCAGGUGCAUCUCCUACGGCAAGUGAUCCAUUUACCCCUCACCACAUUCCACCACCACCCCCUUCAGGGGCCAGUGCUUGCUCCUGGACUACAUAGUGGACUCCUACUUCAUCUUAUUCCUUCGUGCAAAAACCUUGGAACACUAGGACCCUGAUUACAACCCCUCAACUAACAUUUGUCUUCUUGA